GUUAUAUUACUAAAUAUUAUUUAUUCAGUUAACAUUCUUAAGACAGAGGCAAAUAAAGACCUUUUUACAAAAUUCAAAUAUUUUAGUGACAGUAGACUACUGUCAAUUCUGCGCAAGCGCAAAAUAAUUUUGACAGAUUCGCUUUCGUGUGAAAAAGGUGAAAAUGGCUGCGAUCAUAAACCAAUCUAUUCGCAGAUUUAUGCAGACUUCUGCGGCCAAGGCGGCCGCACAGGCUCGCGUUGUGGGCCCCUCUGCCGUCUCCGGAGGACACGAAGGUGGUUACAAAAUCUGGAAGAAUUUGACCUUCUUCGUUGCAUUCCCUUCGAUUAUCUUAUGCGCUGUUAAUGUGUACUUGGGACAUCAAAGCCAUGGUCACGAACAACCUGAGUUCGUUAAAUACGAUUAUAUGAGGGUUCGCACUAAGCGUUUUCCAUGGGGAGAGGGUAACAAGUCACUUUUCCACAACCCACACACCAAUCCCCUACCUGAUGGUUACGAACACUAAGAAGCUUCUGUAAUAGUAUUUGUUAGUGUUAUUUUUAUUUUUUGUGUAUAGGUAAAGAAAUUAAAACAAUUUACUCUUAA